ACAUUGUAUUCAAAUUGUGUUUUCUUCGAAACUUAUUACAAAUUUUGUUCUGAAAGGAAUUGUGUACAAAAUAAGCGAGAUCGUCAUCGCACCAAAGGAACAUCUCGACAUCUCGACCGUCGCUUUGUUCUGGUGCAUAUAGGAGAGAACAGUGGUUCAGCUUGAUAUGCUCUACAAGCAUGUCUCCCACGGUGCUACUGCUUCUGAAGCAUGGAAUGCUGCUCAUCGUGUGCCUGGUCGGUGACAAACUUCUGCAGACCGUACAGAAACCACCACUGCUCAAAGCAGCCGUAGACAACGUAACUCACGCUCUGAUUGGCCUGAUAGCCACCGAAAUAGUCGUGCAUCAGUUCCGCGACCAGUUGGGCAGAAGCGAACUUUGGUUGCUGAUCGGGUUCGGUUUUGGACUCGCGUCCUGGAUCGAUGUGGACCAUUUCAUUGAAGCUCGAUCGUUUCAUAUUCACGAUGCAACCAACCUCACUCACAGACCAUUUCUCCACAAUUCCAUGAUAUUCCUGGUGCUUCUCGUCGCAGAUAUCGUGAUGGUAAACAUGCAAGACAACUUUAGAUUAUCAAUCUGGACGGCGAUUGCAUUCGUGGCGUUUUUCACACACCACCUCAGAGAUGCAAUCCGACGGGGACUGUGGUUCAGGGCGCCGUACCUUAAUAAUAGCACUGCUCCGGUGCUCUACUGGCUCUACCUGGCACUGACGCAACUGUGCCCUCAUGCUGUGAUAGCGCUACUCCAUAUGCAGACCGGAGGAACAUCGGGAAUGUCAUCGGUUCGAUACCGACCACUUGAAGUUAUUUAGUGUGAACAUGGAAUUCGGCAUGUUUUAGUAAUUAAAUAGGGUAAGCAGUUUCAAAAUUGUAGCUAUGCAAUUUAAAUUUUAACAAAAAAAAAUGACCAAUGGAAUGGAUCAAUAAAUUCCAGAAUUGUUUACAAAUUUA